UAUGGAUAUGCAUGUUAUAUCUCAGGGCGUGGCUUAACAAGAAACGGACAAGGCAAGUCUGUUGUCUGUAUGGUGAGUUCCAAGAACACGAUUUCCACCUGGGAUGUUCACAAGAGUGUUAUAACCUGGGUAAGCCCAGUACAGCCAUCAAGUAUCAACCUGUUGACUACCCUCCCUGAUAUGCACAUUGCGGUUACUGUAGAUAUUCAAUCAACUAUCAAACUGUGGGACUGUCACAACAGGGAAGCUCUGGCGACUAGCAACCUGGAAUCUCCAUGCAAAUCACUGAAAGCUGUUAUUACCAAGGAUGGCCCGUUUGUCUUGAUAGGCGAUACCUUGGGUAACCUCUACAUCUUUAGGAUUCCAGAUUUACACCUCAUUUCCAAAGUCAAUGUAUUCCCAUAUGGUUUUGAUGAAAUUGAUUGCUCUCCUCAGAAGAAAUGGGUCUUACUUAGUAAGAACUACCCACAUAUUUUGCCAAAGGUGUUUUACAUGAGCAGCUUACUGAGGAGAUCAGAAUUCUCUGCCCCUGUGUCUACCAUUCUCGAAUUUUCCUUAUGCCAAAGAGCCUUCUGGACACCAAGAAGGGAAGACAGGAUAACCCUGAUGUCCAGAAGUGGUUUCCCCCAAAUCACAAAGUUUGAAACAUUUGAUAUGAAGCUGGAAGAGAUCGGGAACAAAGUAACUGUUCAAGGAAAAUUGAUAGCAAGCUUCUUCUUGCCAUAUUAUGAGGAGACCCCAAACUGGAUUGGUGUCAGUGAUAAGGACGUGAUUGUUUGUUCAACUCACUUCUUUCUCUUGCUCUUUACCAUCAAUGGUCUCCAUCUGCAGACAUUUCAGUACUGCCCAGAAACAAUCGUGAGACUCUGUGUGGACCCUGUUCAUGUCAUCGUCACCUCAAACAAUGGCUGUUUGGAUGUAUAUGCAUGGGAGGAGAGAAGCCUGUUGCUCAGGAGGUGUUAUCGACUGCAAAAUAUGAGACCUCUGCCACUGUACGGCUUCAUUAACAAUUUGCUAUGUGACGAUGUGAGCAUAGUUCAGUUGAUGAGAGAUGGUCAUGGCCCCUACUCUCUGAUUGCAUAUGCCUUGAACAUCUGUUCUUGAAAACUGAGUGGGUUGUGUGUCCUCUUCCUCAAUGAUAAUAAAGGUCUAUUUGCAAGCCC